AUGAAUCGGACUAAAUCAGGAACUAAGGAUGAAGGGAAUGGCGUAAAAUUGAAGCGUAGCGGUAGCAAGAGGCGAUCUGGAGAAAAGAACAGAAGUUCUGGUGGCGAAAGCGUUCGAAGUGGGACUCUCAAUGGAUCUACAGUAGCUUCUGUUGCAUCUCACGACGACGAACAUAGUAUUUCGAGUACUAACAAAGAAUUCUCGGCUGAUAUUCAACCGGUAACGUUCGACGUUAAGCUGACACCAGAAGAAAGUGAGUCAAGAGAGAUAGGGCGUCAGCAUGCAGAUACGCUAUCGAAAGUGAGGGAAAAGCUGUCGAAAGGGUCGGGUCGCAAUUAUAGCUCUACGCUGCCCAAUUUCCUGCGGUCCAUCGACAGGCGACAAUACGAGAAAUAUCUGAAAGAACCGCAUCACAUAAAACUGGUGAAAAGGAGCCGGCAGCUGAAACAGUUCAGAAGAUUGUUUUUAGCUCAGGAGUUACAUGCAUACGAAUUGAGCGAGGGCAAGGAAACGGCGAAGCGAAAAGUUUCGCUGUUGAAGCAGGACUCGUCGCAAAACGCAAUUUGGGUCACGAAGUUCAGCUUAGGCGGUAGAUUUAUGGCGACAGGGGGCAAGGAUGGGACUUUAUGUUUGUGGAAGGUCAUUGGAUCCCCGGCGGAAAGGUGGGAACUGGACGCUUCCCAGGAAUCGCGGAACGCGUUUAAAGCGAAGUCGCGGUUGAUCAAGCAACAAAUACUAGGCGGCACACCAGGCGGUUCCAUCAAAGACGAGGCUAAGGCUAGCCCGGGUGUUACGAAGGCAAAUCCGACUAAUCUGUAUGCGCCCGUUUUCCAUCCUAAUCCUCACAAGAAGUUUAAAGAGCAUACAGCAGACAUACUCGACAUGGAUUGGUCCAAGAAUAAUUUCCUAGCAACGUCAUCUAUGGAUAAGUCCGUUCGCCUGUGGCAUCCAGACCGGUCUACUUCAUUGAAAGCCUUCCACCAUCCGGACUUCGUUACAUGCGUUCUGUUUCAUCCGUCAGACGAUCGUUUCCUCAUCACUGGCUGUCUCGAUCACAAAUGCAGACUGUGGUCGAUACUCGAAGGUGAAGUCGUUUUUGAGUUUGACUGUCAGGAUCUGGUGACUUCAAUGACGAUCUCAGGAAGUGAAGGAGAGUACACAAUAGUUGGAACCUUCAAUGGUUACGUUAUCGUGCUCGCCACUCGUGGAUUGGAUUUUGUUUCGUCCUUCCAUGUGGUCGAUAAGACCACACAAGUGGAAGAGGCCGGAACCAGACUGUUAUCUUCUGGCUCGAAGACACACCAUGGACCACGCCUUACCUGCUUACAGUGUUACAAAGAUCCGGCCGAUGAUUCUUUGAGAUUAGUGGUAACAUCUAAUGACUCGCGAAUAAGGGUCUUUAAUCUGAAAACCAAGAAAUGCUUGGAAGUCUUGAGAGGAUUCGAGAGUGGUACAUCUCAGCAUAAGGCCCAGUUGACUUUUUUGGAGGGGAAUGAACCGGUGCUUGUUUGCGGCAGUGACGAUCAUUGGGCCUAUUCUUGGAAAUUGCAGUCAGCCAAUUCAUCAUCAAUUGCGAAAGAGGGCGCAAAGCAAACCAAGAUCGGGGGUCUGAGAGAUUUUCUAAGCCAUCCUCUACAUCACAACGGCGACCAUUCCAAAAAUCGGCAACAUCAGCAUGGUUCUCUACAUCUCAAAACUCUUUUACCACAUUCUCACGGCUCCUCGUCGGAUCAGCCGAUCAAGAACAGCGAUUUCAUAUGUUUUCACGCCCAUCAUAAUCCAGUCACCACAGCGAUUCUAGCGCCCCCAGAGACCAGCAAGACAUUAUCGCUUUCCAAUGACCUCAUAUGCGACAUAUCUUUAGAGUUCUUCAGACAGUCAGACACUCUAGCCUUUCUCGGUAGUAAAAAGGACGAGUCUUCCGAUUCGGACCAGUCCUCCAUUGAACACAAUGAUGUGGAUGGAAGUUCUUCGGUGACCACCGGAAGUGGCGAUAAUGACGGUCGCACAUCGCCCAGUACCGUGGCUGCUAUAGGAAGCAUAAUGGUAACCACCGACACCGAGGGUUUAAUUCGUGUGUUUCGUGCCGAUAUGCCCAAGAAUAUACGAGAACGUGUUCUGGAGAGACUAAAUGACUUGGGCCGCGAGAACAAUAAUAGCGGCGACGUACUGACCACGUACGGCUCUGCAGAUCGACUUGCCGUUGCAAAAAAACAUCCAAGCAGUUUGCUCGGCCUCAGUAAGUUGGCCGCCGCCGCUGUGCAGUGUCCCGAUGAAAUUCUCGGUGCCUCCCGUCUGAAGCCCAACUCAGUGCUGAGGAAUCCAUUGUUCAACUAUUCGAGCGGCAGUCUAAACUCUACGAGAACAAGAGGUAGUGGAUCUUCUAACGGUAAGAACGGCUCGAUGCCGGGGCUAAGAUGCGACGUGUGCAAUGGCACUAAUUUCAACGUGCUGUCGAAUUCCCCUUCCAUCACAGGUGAAGCGGGAUACUCCUGCGCAGACUGCGGAAAUAUACUUAACAACUUCAGAUAA